AUGGACGCUGCAGUAGAGCGCGUCCAUGAGGCGGCGCGUCUACUGCUCGUGCGCGGACCCGACGGCCGCACGCGAUGGCUGUCCCACGCUUCACAUGACCUUCCACCUCUCGGCAUCAGCCACGCACCGUCUACGCCCGUGACUCUGCGUCCCAAGACGACAGUGUCGCGCCGUAGCAACUGCCUCGACUUGGACGCGUUGCGUUUUCCGGACAAACGGUCUGUCUUUAGGCUCGUGCAGCCCACUGAUGGCGCGCCAGAGGCUCAGAAUCUGCUACUGCUGUUGCACGGACGCGGCGACUCGCACGAAACGUUUGCGCGACUGGGUGAGCACAUGGCACUGCCUCAAACAGCGGUCGUGUCGCUCCGUGCUCCUCUAGAACUGCCGUUCGGUCUCGGGCGCUCGUGGGUCGACGACUUGGACGAGACGGGCGACGUCAUCCCUCCGACAGGCCACACGAGCGGCGCAGUCAGACAGGCGGCGCAGCUGCAGGUUCCCAUUCGUCGUCUUGCUCGGAUCCACGAGGAGGCGCCGUUGCUACGCCCAUGCUCCAAGUCACUGGUGAUGCAGACAACGUCUACCCGCCUGCGUAACAUCGCUCUGGAGAACCGUAGCGACGUCGUGGAGAUCCAAACGUGA